AUGCAAGGCUUGUGGACUCUAUUCGUACCUUGUGUCAGCGUUAUUCUCAAGUCUUUCAGGAUCGUUGGUCUGGAGGCUGAUACAAAACUACACGGCAACCAAUUCAAUACUGUGCUCAGCGUGUUCUAUAUCACUUAUAUCCUCGUCGAAAUUCCGUCUAAUCUGAUCAUGAAGCGUAUGAAGCCCGCUGCAAGCGGUCUGCUACCGGGCAUUGUCCUGUACUUGAGUACCAUCUAUAAGCCACACGAGCUCCAGUAUCGGUCGGUCCCGUCGGGUUAUUCUACGCUAGCGCAUCUCUAUCCGGCGCAUUCGGAGGCUAGUUGUUCUAGUCUUCUUGCAACCGCCAUUCUCAACAUGGAUGGCAAGGCGAAUCUUGCAGGUUGGAGAUGGAUAUUCCUUUUGGAAGGACUGGCUACUUUUGUCUCAAGUUUAAUCUGCCUCUACUUCUUACCGUCCAGUCUUGCCUCCGCCAAAUUUCUAACAGAGGAAGAAAGAGAUUUUGCCUUGCGGCGCUUUCAUGCAACUACAAGCCCGGCCACCCAGACGCGUGACAGUCCCGAUAUUGCCCUUGAGAAGGGUGACAAGGGGUCCAUCACAGAAAACAUCAACGCCCAAAGCCCGGCUGAAAUUACGCACUUUACUGAGGAGCAUUUCGAGCUCCGCGAGGUGAUUCGAGGCCUGACAGAUUUCCAAGCCUGGGUCACUGCUAUCGCUUAUCUGGGAUUGAUUGUCUCGCUAUACUCCUUCUCGCUUUUCCUUCCUACCAUCGUCGCUGGGCUUGGGUACAAGGGAAAAUCCGCGCAGUUGCACACCGUGCCCCCAUAUGUCCCUGCAACCGUGCUUACCGUUUUCGUUGCUUUCCUAAGCGAUCGGUUGAAAUGGCGGGGUCCGUUUAUUUUAAUCUGUCUGCCAUCUGCGAUUGUUGGCUAUAUUUUGGCCAUUGCAGCCAAAACCAACGCACAAAGAUACGGAGCUGUGUUUCUUAUCGCAGCGGGUGUCUACCCUUCUGCACCGUCAAUCCUCUCCAUACUCCCAAACAACGGCUCGGGUUACUAUAAGCGCAGCACAACAAUUGCGCUCCAAUUAGCCGUGUCCAACACCGGCGGCUUCAUUGCUACCAACAUUUACACCAAAGAUCAAAUUCCGACUUUUUACAGAAAGGGCCACUCAAUUGUGCUUGGGUUCUUGGUCUUGAGUUGGGUUAUGACUGCGAUAAACAUCUUGUACUGCAUGAGGGAGAACAAAGCUCGCGCUAAUGGCGAACGACAAGGAAAUAUCACCGCAUAUGAAGAGUUGGUACGCACGGGCAAGACGAAAGCUCCCAUUGGCGACAGGUAUAUUGCUGUCCUAAUAGCUGUGCAUAGUUAA